AUGUUCCUUUUACAGCACAUCCACUCCAAUACUUCAUUCUGUCUACGAUCGUCUUUAUUCACACGCCCUCUGAUUCGCCAAAUCCAUGCAUCUCUCUACCGACGAUCAGAAGCAGUCAUGUCAAGACAGGAAAAGAUCCCCUCAAACCUGAGCAUGAUUGACUUUUUCGAUCCUGCACUAUCAACAACCCCUCGCCCUUUUAUUCUACAUCAUGGUGUGUCAGGAUACGCAAAACGAGGAAAGCCAAUAAACUCCACAAUCACUACAGAACAAGACGAAUCUGCCUAUUCAAGUCUGCAAUUCGGAGACGACGCCUACUUCAAACGACAUGACGCACUGGGUGUAGCAGAUGGAGUAGGAGGAUGGCGCACUCGCGACGGUGCAAAUCCCGCAUUAUAUUCUCGUAAAAUAAUGCACUAUGCUCAGCUAGAGAUUGGACGUGUAAGGGAUGCUAUCCAACCAUAUGGCGUGGAUGAGCAAAUAAGUCCAGUAGACGUCAUGAACAAAGCAUAUCAACUAACGACCCAGGAUACAGUAUCAGAGGGUAUCGUCGGAUCAACAACUGCGUGUAUUGUCUUGCUGUGUCAGAACGAACUUCGGGUGGCCAAUAUUGGUGAUUGUGGUGUGUCUGUUAUCCGACGAGACAAUUUCAUAUUUCGAUCAGAAGAACAACAACAUUCAUUCAAUUUUCCAUAUCAACUCGGUACUUCUUCAUGCGAUACACCAGCAGAUGCACAGCAAUUUAGUGUAAAAGUGGAAGAAGGCGACAUCAUUAUAUUGGGAUCUGAUGGAUUGUUUGACAAUCUUUACGAUGAGGAAAUUCUAGAAGAAGUUCACAGGUGCAUGGGGAGACCUAUCAUUAAAUACGAUGAAUUUGGAGACAUUGAGGAUCCUUCGUACGACGAUAACGAUCCUGACACCAAUACCAAUACCAAUACUGAUGGUCUGGCGAUAGAUACCCUUGUUCCCAUAGACGCCGAUCCUCAGUCUAUUUCAGAUGCACUUGCCAUUAGAGCCAAACAAGUAAGUGAAGACAUGGACAAUCCGACAUCACCGUUUCAGGUCAGAGCCAUGCAUGAAGGAUUGUACUAUCAGGGUGGAAAGGCAGAUGAUAUAACUGUACUUGUUGCAGUAGUUAGCCUGGCCGGACAGGGUCCUGUAAACACACUAGAGGACUAG